CCUUACCCCCCUGUCCUGCUUGGCCAGAGCCCCUCAGUCCCAAGUCAGAGAGAGAUCCAACACAGGUUGCACUUUCCAGACCCUACUUUCCUCUCUUAAAGGAUACUGACACAACCUGACAUAUUGCAGACAACAUGUCUCAGCAUUCUCUGAUGUCAACACAGGAGAGGAAAAUGCAGGCGGCUGCCAUUUGUAGAGAGAUCCAUGCCACCAAUGAACCAGAGAUGGAUCUUGGAAGGAAGGUUAGUGCACCAAAGGAAAUAAUGUUGGAAGAACUUUCCUUAGCCUCAAACAGGGGCUCUCGUCUCUUCAAGAUGCGUCAGAAACGCUCAGAGAAAUAUACCUUUGAAAGUAUUCAGAAUGAAGUCAACAUACAACACAGUAGUGAUGCCAUUCCUCCAGGUCAAAAUCCAGAAAUGACAGACAUUUUAAGUAAUGCAAAUGGUCUUGGAGUUGACCAGGCCCCAAAAACAUCCAACCCUGAAAGUAUUGCCCCAGGUUAUGGUGGUCACUUAAAUGAUGUUCCAUCAGAGAAGUUCAACAGUACAGCAAUGCCCAGAUCCUAUCAGUCCCCCUGGGGACAGGCCAUCAUUAAUGACCCUUCUCUAGUCGAUACGCUGGUCACUUGUAUGCCUGAACCUGAGCCCAGGAAUGAGAUACCGAAAUACAAGAGCUUUAACAGGGUGGCGAUUCCAUUUGGUGGCUUUGGCAAGGCGCCCAGCAGCCCUGUUAAACCUCUUGAUGUGGACCUUGGCCACGGCAUUCCCAGUCCCUUACCAAAAGCACCUGUAGUUGACCCCGUGAUCAAGCGGCCCACAUUCAACCGAACAGCCUCGGGCUGGAUUGCUGACAGUGCCCCUCUCAUACUUCCUACUGUCCUACUUGAGCCCAUAUCAUCCAUGUCUUCCACAUUUAUACCUGAGUCAGAUGAGCUCUGAGCAUCAUCCCAGUUCUCGUGCUGUUCAUCGUCACUGUAAUACAAGAGGCACUCUCAAAGAAUUUUUAUAAUAACUAAUAUUGUUGCAUGGUUGAAUCAGACUAGGCCAGGAAUUACAGUUUAUUACUGAUAUUUCUUUUUAUUGUCUUUGAAGAACACAAAUGGCCCUUGGUGCAAACAACUGAUACACAGUUGUCAAUAAAUAAUUGAUCCCAAAGGUGAAACUUGCACUCAGUCUAAAGUAAGGCAUACUUUCUACCAAACAAUUGUUUCUGCAGCAACGGAAUUCUGUUCCGUGGAUGAUUGGAAUUGUCUCCUAAAGUUUAAGUUCCACAUAAAAAUUCAAAUAGAUCUAUAAGAUGCCAACUUCACAAAACUUAUGCAACCCAAAUAUGGGCUUACUGAUAUAUACCUGUAUAAACCUGUACAUAUACAUGUAGAAAUGGCUGGUGACAUCAACAUAUACAGUAUAUUUUAAUUAAUUAAUAAAAAAGUUUAAUGAACUUAUGAAAAUGUUAUAUGUAUUUUCAAAUCUUUCAAAUGACAGUCACAACAGCUUUAUGGCUUUGUGCUACUGUCAGGAUCCUGUCACAACCACUUGCUUUGUUUAUAGUUCCUGGGUUGCCAACUCUGGUUUCCUGGUUUGACUGAGAUUUUGAUGACAUAGUCUGAAUCAAUCACGCAUGCAUUAUUUGUAUUAGUAGCCUUAACAUCUUAAUUGUGCAACACCCUAUCAACUGUUUGAUUUAAACCCCACAAUGAAAAUAAUUAUCUGUUUUUCUGCAUGCUUACACCAAUUAAAGUGGCAUAGAAAAUUUCAAAAGACACACAUACACUAUGGCCAAGGUUUUUCCUGGGUCAAAAAUGGUCUUCAGUUGUAGUUCACCUACAUUUGGUCAUCCAUACGCUCAAAGUUGGUUGGUUACAUAAUUGCAAUUAUUUAAUAACUAACAAAAUAAUUUGUAUGUUUACAUAUAUAUUUAAACGGAUCUAUUGAAGUUAUUUUGAUAACCUUUUCUGAUGAAAAAUUUGGAGUUAAGUAUUAAAGAGAGCUAAGAAGGGUGCAUGUGGAAUCUUUUAGAAGGGGAACUAGAAAAUGGGAACCUGACAUAUUGUUGAAACCUAUGUAUUGGAACAUGCAACUAACAAUGACUGGAAUUUUCAUCAUACUCUUUAUUUAUAACUAUAUUCCAUAAUGUCAGGGGGCCUGGGUAGCUCAGCGAGAAUUGAUGCUGACUACCACCACUGGAGUUGCGAGUUCGAAUCCAGGGUGUGCUGAAUGACUCCAACCAGGUCUCCUAAGCAACUAAAUUGGCCCGGUUGCUAGGGAGGGUAGAGUCACAUGGGGUAACCUCCAUGUGGUCGCAAGUAGUGAUUUUCACUCACAAUGGGAUGUGUGGUAAGUUAUGCGUGGAUCGCAGAGAGUAGCAUGAGCCUCCACAUGUCGAGUCUACGCAGUGUCAUGCACAAUGAGCCACAUGAUAAAAUGCAUAGAUUGAGAGUCUCAGAAGCGGAGGCAACUGAGAAUUGUCCUCUGAAACCCGGAUUGGGCAUUCCAAAUGAGGAAAUAAAAAUAAAAUAAAAACUUCAUAACUGAUCUCUUGCCAAGAAGAUUAGCUAAUCCUAACUAUGUACAAACAAAAUGAAGUAAACAAGUAUUAUGGGAGUUACGUAUGCAAUAAUGUAUAAAAGCUUCUGAAUUAUUUUGUUCGGUAGAGUCUCUAUUGAAAAAAGAUCUCUCAGGCCCUAUUCUAAUAAACAAGAUAAAGGAGAAACUGGAGUCAGGCUAGAGUUAUUAUGCUGCAGCAUGAGUCUACAUAUGUGAGUUAAGUAUUCUGGUAAAUUGCUAGCAUGUAGUGACAGAAUACAAGAUUCUCAGAUUGAGUACUGGGAACCCAGUAUUAGUUAGGUAGUUUAGGGAAUUUACUUCUAUUUUGGGUAGGUUCUGAACAUCUCCAUGACACUUUUUAUUUGACUUUUUUAUUUUUUAUUUAAAGGUGUACUCCGUAGCAUUUGUCUUUGUGUCAUCUUGGACUUACACUGACACCUAGUGGUGUGGAUGCAGCAUAAUUUAAAAUCAAUAAUUUUCAGUUUCAGAUGCCAUUGUAGAAAUUAAGUAUUCACAGUCAGCCAUGAUUAUUUUAAUCCAUGAGUGAAAGUGUCAAAUAACAGGAUGGUUUCUGAGAUUAAGUGAGUAUUAUUUGGCUGGUCAUGUGAUUCUAACAUGAAAGCCCCCAUGUGCGGACCCUCUCCAUGUAGAAUAAAACAGCUUUUAUAAGGUUAUUGAUAUGACUAGAGUCAUUUUAAUGUGAGUGGUCAUGAUUUAAAUGUUUUUAAUGAGGAAACAUUACUGAGAACACCUGAAGGUGCUAUGAGAAAUCAAACUAGUGUAUUAUAUGCUUUUAUUUCUAAAAGCCCAGUUAAAAUGUUCUGACUGUACACAGAGUAAAACACUUUAAUGAGUUGGGACUGUGCUUCUAGUGAAUAGUUUGUAUUCCUUUGAUCAGGCUUACUGAUUAUAAGUCAUAUCUUGAAAUCUCUGAAGGCAAAACAUUUGCCGUAUAUCAGACAUCAUUAGAACAGAAGGAAAACUUUGCCCAUGGAGGUCCAGAUUUUAAAGCUCUUCUUUCAUUGUUCUUGCCCUGGUCAAAGUUUAACAUAGUUCUUGGUUUAACAGCAUUCAAUA